ACUCAGCCCCUAUUCAACUGUUUGCUAAGUAGUACAUCCCAUUUGCAUCUAGUUCAUUUUUCAGGAUGUGUAUCACUUUGAGAGACUUGAAAGACUUGGCCUUUCUUGGGCUCAUGUGUUGCGCAAUAGUGAAUUUGUGUUAUGCGAUAACAGGGGUUUUAACCCUAGAUCACCCAUUCAACCGGGAAGUGGCUGUUGUGGUACCGAAGAUGCCAAUGGAGAUGGACCGCAAUGGAGAUGGACCUGUGGCUAUUGGCACCCUAGAUGGCAAGAGGAUUGGGACCAUCACUGCUGGCAUGAGGUUGCUGUCAAGUACAUUGGACGGCAACAUCCUGCAGCUGCUAGGCAAGCCGGUGGAUCACCCCACAGUGAAGGCCUACAUGAAGGGGCACCCCUUCUACAACAUCUACCCCCACCCUGAACGAGAGACUGUCAUUUUCAGGACCUCAGAGCCCCUAAUAUGUCGGACUUCAUGAUGGCUACGGACAGGUCACCCAAGUCACCAUCAUGGUUCUCUGACGACCACUUGGAAAACAUGGACCACAUCUUAGUCUGCACCCAGAUGAAACAUCUCGAGCCCCGGAUGUCGGACGUGCCGGAGCUGAAGGUCUACCCCGCUAAUGUUGAGGAGUACGAGUGUGUGCGCUUGCUGGUGACAAAGAUGAGGUUGGAAUGGUGGCCUGAGAAAGCUUCUCUUUGGGUUUCGAUUGAUAAGUUCGUGUUAUACCUAAUGAUGGGUUGGUCUUUGCUCCAAUUUUGGAACGUGUGGUAUGGUGAAGGAGUGCGGGCACACUUGAGGCAAGAUAGAAUCCCGCGGCGAGGCAGAAUGGCUUUUGGGUGAUCUGGCGGUAUCUGCCCUGUUGUGACUGGAGAAGCUAUAUCUUUAUGUUCUUAUAAUUUAGCAAAAAAUAAUAAUAUGAAUGAUCUUAUAUGUGGGCAAUUACUUCAAAGAGUGAAAUAGAUAACUGUAAUCGCUUGUAUAACAACCAAGCCUAUAAUCUGAAGUUGGUCGCACAAAAUGAUCACUAUCCACUUAGAGCAAUUAAUGAAACGAUGCACAUUUGCAAGCUGUUGUGGCUGCUAAUUACUAUCAGCCUAACUCACCGCCAAUGGUUUUUUCUGUUAACUAAGCUUAAAGACAAUGCCACUAAUGUUAUUUUAUCAUCUGUGGCAGCCAAUGUGUGUUUAGAGGCUGCAAGAAUACUGGGGCUCAAAGUACACAAUGUAUAGGUUGAUGGAUUAAAUCAUGACUCAAAGAUGACAAUCGAGCUUCGUUUGUAAUUUAAAUGUCAUAAUCGCAGUCACCAGCUAAAUCUUAGCCGAGAAUAUUUUGAAACAUCAAGAAAAAGUGCCCUUUUGUUUACAAAUUGACAGGUAACUUGCACUACGCGUAUCUUCUUGCACUACGCGUAAUUACAAGAUUUGAGCUUGCAUUAUUUAGGAAGGUUGGACCCUAUAGACCCUACCUAUAGGGUUCAACUAUAAGAGCAUAAGGGGUUCAACUAUAUAGGGUUGACCUAUAUAGUUGGCCCCUAUAUACAGUAUAUGGAGCUAUAGGGUUCAACUAAAUAAGAGUAGCUACAUGGGCACUGCAUUCCUAUUCCACAAAGAAUUAUUUUUAUUACCGGUGUUGCUUUUAUUUUCGAAUCAAUA